CAACCUCAGGCGGACAUAACAAGGAUGUAUUUUGAAUAUUUGGGUUUCUUUUUUUGGCAUGUUCUUUGAAACUCUUAAACAGAGAAAGAGACCUGCAUGCAUAAAAAUCCUUUUUCUUGUUUGUCUCAGUUUGCUGAAUUUGGGUAGGAACAAAGCUUGAUUGGUGGGUCUGAAAAUCUGAGUGAAAAUACCAAAUUCAGUGCUAUUUAUUGGAGCCAGAUUUUUGUCAUUUCAAGCAUAGAUUUCAGCAGUGUGUAUAGGGAGAGAGAUACAUAUAAAAAUCUAAGUGGGUUGUUCUAGAGAUCCAUCUAGAGAUUGGUAUUAUAGAAGAACCUGUAUACAGUAAGUGCAUUUGGUUGAUACCUUAGGGGAAUUUGAGUUUUCUCUGUUAUUGUUGAUAGUGUGAUUUUACUUGGAUAUAGAUGGUGGGGAGCAUUGAGACUUUGAAUCGUAAUUUGUACUCAAAUGGAUCUAUUCAGAACUGUAAUAGUUUGGAAGAGAAACUUGAUGAGCUACGGAGCCGCCUUGGCAAGGGUAAUGGUGAUCCAUUAAGAAUUGUUGGUGUUGGGGCAGGCGCUUGGGGCAGUGUUUUUGCCGCUGUGAUGCAAGAUAGCUAUGGUCAGUUUCGAGACAAGGUCCAAAUAAGGAUAUGGAGAAGACCAGGAAGAGCUGUUGAUAAAGCAACGGCUGAACAUCUUUUUGAAGUGAUCAAUUCAAGGGAGGAUGUAUUGAGGAGGUUGAUACGGCGCUGUGCGUAUUUGAAAUAUGUGGAGGCAAGGCUGGGGGAUCGAACACUUUAUGCAGAUGAGAUUUUGAAAGAUGGAUUUUGUUUGAACAUGAUCGAUACGCCACUGUGUCCUUUGAAAGUUGUAACCAGUUUGCAGGAGGCUGUUUGGGAUGCUGAUAUUGUGGUGAAUGGCUUGCCUUCUACUGAAACACAAGAGGUGUUUGAAGAGAUUAGUAAUUAUUGGAAGGAAAGAAUCACAGAUCCUAUUAUCAUCUCUCUGGCAAAAGGUAUAGAGGCUGCGCUAGAGCCUCUCCCGCAUAUCAUAACUCCCACGCAAAUGAUUAACCGAGCAACUGGUGUACCUAUAGAGAACAUACUUUAUCUGGGUGGCCCAAAUAUUGCCUCAGAGAUCUACAACAAGGAAUACGCUAAUGCUCGAAUAUGCGGAGCUGAGAAGUGGAGAAAACCACUUGCAAAGUUUUUAAGGCAACCACAUUUUACCGUCUGGGACAAUAGUGAUCUUGUUACACAUGAAGUCAUGGGUGGCUUAAAGAACGUCUAUGCCAUUGGAGCAGGGAUGGUCGCAGCCCUCACAAAGGAGAGUGCUACCAGCAAAUCUGUAUAUUUUGCACAUUGUACCUCAGAGAUGAUAUUUAUUACUCACUUGUUGGCAGAAGAGCCUGAGAAACUUGCUGGGCCUUUGCUGGCUGACACAUAUGUAACCUUGUUGAAAGGCCGUAAUGCAUGGUACGGGCAAAUGCUAGCCAAAGGGGAACUAAAUCGGGAUAUGGGUGAGAAUAUCAGUGGGAAAGGAAUGAUUCAGGGUGUCUCUGCAGUCAAAGCAUUUUAUGAACUUCUCAGUCAGUCGAGCCUAAAUGUAUUGCAUCCUGAAGAAAAUAAGCCAGUUGCUCCUGUGGAGCUCUGCCCCAUCUUGAAGACGCUAUAUAAAAUAUUGAUAACAAGGGAGCAAUCAUCACAAGCUAUUCUUCAAGCUUUGAGGGAUGAAAACUUGAAUGAUCCCAGGGAACGCAUUGAGAUUGCACAGAGCCAUGUCUUCUAUAGGCCCUCACUUCUUGGGCAGCCUUUGACUAGUUUUCCAUUGCAAGAUAAAGUGGCAAUAUAACCUUGUGGAAGCACGGUAUUAUUGGACUUGCAUGGUGAAAACAAGCGCAUUGGUUUUUGAUACAUGUUUAAUUUGAUAAAUAUAUAUAUGUUAAAUGGACUUAUUUUUAGCUUCCUAAGGAUAUGAUAGUUGAGUGAUGGACUGAAGAGGAGCAAGUGGUUGUAAUCUGCAAUCUGCAAACUGUUUGGUGGCUCUGGUUGAUUUGCAUGUAGCACACUAAUGCAAUGGCAAACCCGAAAACUUCUCUAUAAGGUGCAGCAAACCGAAACUUCUCUACCCUUGUUUUUCCGCUGUGAAGUUGCCGUCAGCCCAAGUGAUUUUCAUAACUGCUGAGUUUAAGAAGUUGCAAUUGCCAAGAAGGUUGUAUAGGGAGCUGGAUUUACAUUGUAUUGUGCAUUAUAUUAUAAGAUGCAAAAAACGAUGUAUCUCAUAUUUGUAUAGACCUGCCAUGGAAACAGAAAAACUUCCUUUU